UGUUUAGGUUGUUUCUUCCUGCCCGUACCUCUCUGAGGCCGUGGUGACGCAGAGCAGAGCUUUGCUGAAGGAGCUCGGAUGGAGAUCCUGCUGCCAUGCCUGGCUGCCUAACACAGGGAUCUCGGGAGCACCUGAGGUGCUCAGGUGGAGGUAGAGACACGUGGUCUGACAAAGAUGCGCCUUUGUUUGGCCAACACAGUAGCAGGAUAAGAACAUACACCCCAACUACCUAAAAAGUGUCAACCAAGUGGUGUCAGUGUUUCUGUGUUUCAUUCAAGUGCUGUUUCAGAGGAAAGUUGCUGAAGUUUUAAGCUUCUGUUCCUUUCUGGGCCCUUGAAUGGUCUGAUUUGUCAUGGUGGCAUAUGAUUUGUUCAUUAACUUUGGGAAUCAGCAAACUGUACUCUGUCCUAACUUUGUGGUGUUGGGAUGAGGUGUUUGGUGCAGGUUUCUAUCAUGUCCAUCAACUGUUUCAAAAACUGGCCAAUCGUGGGUAUUAUAUUUUUUGAAAGAGCCACCUCGUGUUUUCUAAAGCUGGAGGAGAAGGACUGGAAGCUGUUAGUUGUCACCUCCCUUUAAUCACAGCUGACAAACCUUCUUCCUCCAAGCAGCCCUUAGUCCACUGCUGUGUCCAGAUGAACUGCUGCCGUGCUUAUAUAAAUUGCUUGGCUCAGUUGCAUAAAAGGUCACCCAUUUUGGCAUCCAGAAGAACAGGAGACUCAUGACAUCUGGCACCACAAUCUCUAGUUUGAAAGCAAGAAGAUGCUGUGACAAAAUUGUUCCUGCACAUGUUUUAAUGUUGUUAUAGAGACAAUGUAGGAGAAGGAAGGAAGACAAGAGUCUGCAGUUGUUCCCUGAAAUCCAGGCUGUCCAGCGGGUCUUGUUAGUCCAUAUUCCUGAAGAUUUUGCUGUCCCAGUGCGCUGUGGUCUCUGCCAGGUGUGGAUGACAUGCCAUAAGCCUCACACUCCCAUCUCAGUGCCUUGGAAUGCCAACACUCAAGGGGAGGGCAAUGUUUAUUUGCUCUCCUGAUCCGCACUGUUAAAUCUCCACAGGAACACUCUCUCUUGCAGCAGCUAUUGCCCAUCUUGGAGCCAGGCAGGUGACAGGGUCCUGCACAGUGCUGCCUGAAUCUUAAUGUCCCACUGCAUUCUUCAGCCCCUGUGAGGGACGAGCAGCAGUGUGCAUUGCAGUGUUCAGGUGCUGCUGCUUCUACCAGCUUUGUUACUCUUUUGAUGAACCUCUUUUAUGAGGGGGGCUUUCAAAUACGUGACCGGUUUAAAGUUGCCUGGAGAGCUGUACUAGGUUUCCUUUGCUGUGCCUGUGAGGCUCUGCAUUCCAAGGCCCUCCAGGGAAAGGUGUUCAUGGCUCCUUUUUCCUGAAGAGAAAAGAAGAAACCCCUUCUCUUUUGCCCUCUAUCCUUUCCUGCCUGGCAGGCAGCCACCAUGAUCCACCUUGCUGCAAGUUCCUACACUUCCAUGUCGGCUCUAGGAGGGUUUUGCAUGAUGCUCUGGAGCUGCUCUUGGCUGUCAGACCUUGGCACUGUGCCACUCGAAUGGAGCUGGCCAAGUUGCCCUUUCUUUGAGCCAGCAGACCAAUUUCUUUGUAUCUUCUGAGGUUUUCUUGUGAGUGGAGCUGUAAAUGCAAGCUGCUUUCCUCUGUGCCACAUUGUAUGGCUUUAUUUUCACACAGGGAAGGAGAUUUUUGAAUCUUAACUGUCUCAAGAGAUUCUAAUUAUUUCCUUUAAAAAAAAAUCAGAUUUACUUGUAUGAUGACAUAAAAGGGAUGAAAAAGUAAAAUACAGGAAUGGAAAUUAGACUUGAAGUAUACCUAAGCCCUGAAGUAUGGGAGAAGCUGGUUUUAGGAUGUGGCUCUGUGAGCUUGUACGCCCUUAUUUCUCCAUCUGAAAAUUGAGGAUCAUGGAAAAUACACCGGGUUCUGUAGGACCUGUGGAAAAACACUCCAAAAACACUCCAAAACAUCACAGGUCUCCACCAAGGGGGAGGAAAUAACUGCUGCUCUUCACUAGGGGUGUUGUACUUGCCUGAUUUUAAUGGGCCCUUGAUGUUUUACUUGAGUUCACACUCGUUCUUCCUUAGGCUCGUGUUUGCUCCCUGAUCUCCCCAGCCCUUCCCAUUGGCACCGUGUCCUGGGACACGUUGUUUACAGCACCAAGGCCUAUCUCAGAGUCCUUGACUUUGGUGCAAUCCAUCUCAGCAGCCUGUCAGGGCUUGCUGUGACCCUGCACCCUCAGAUCCUGCCGCGUGUGCCGGGUUCUGCUCUCCCUCGGUGGCAGGAAGUGCUGAUUAGCUCUUCCUCCUGCUCCUCUGGGCAGGUCCCUGCACCCAGAGCUGAGCUUCAGCACCUCCCCUUCGCUGGGCACUGCGGUGCCUUGAGUGGUGUUUCUGACAAAGCCUCUUCAGUCAGCAGUGCCUUACAAACAGUACAAGGCUUUCCAGCCCAGCCAGUGCUUUGAGGAACCUGAGUUCCUUGUGUGAGGAUGGUAAAGCCCUCCAGAUGUCUGGGAGGGGCAGGAAGGGUGCUUGCCACUGCAAAAUGAGCAGCCUUUCUCACGUUAAGAGCAGACAUACCCAAGCUUUGCAGCAGGUUUAGAACUUUUGCAUACCAAAACAAAAUUGCAGCCCUCGGUUUUAGUACUGCCUCCCCCCUUCACAUCUUUUAAGCAGUACUGAUGACUACUUUUAAGAAGUACUAACUUGAUCCUGAUUCUUUUUGGGAAGUUGGACUCAUUCAUCCUUGGAGUGUGGAAGUGGAGGUCAGGAACAACGGAUUUGCCUGGAGACUGCAGGCCCUAGAGCACCCCAUUGGAAUUAUGUCCUCUCUCCCAGAGCAUCUCCUUGCAAGAAGGAUUUUGUUUGGGUUUUUCCUCCCUUUUCUGCUUUCAGAAAUGACUAACACAGCUCCCUGAGGCACAGAUUAUGUGAUCCAAUUCAGGCUACUGUUGUUUGUGGAGCAAUGUUUGUCACCCAAAUUAAUUUACAAAGCAAAGGGAAAGUGCUGAUAGAGGAGUUGCCUCUGGUACUUCUUCCCAGAAGUGUUUAGAGGCAGCACACAAUCAUCUCCAGCUUGAGACCCUUUCCUUGAACUAGAUGUUGUGGUGAUUGGGGAUAGUGCCAUCUCUGGGAAUGCUUGGGCAUCUCCUGCUUUAAUCUAUUUUGGAGAACUUGGUAGGGCCUGUUGGCGACCCCUUUGAGGCUCAGAAUUGCAAUGCUGCAGUUGGUUUCCCUGUGUUAAUUGUCAGCUGUCAGUCACUUACCUGUACCUGUCAAAGCACGAUUGUGACAGGCUCAUGUAGCACCUCCAAAACAAAAGCAGCUGGGAGAUGAGAUGGUUCAGAGAACUGUACACACCUGUGGCACCAACAGAACAUUCCAUCCACGCUUGUCAGUUUUAUUUACCCAGGAUCAUAAGUAGGAAUCAGCCUCUCCACGAAAAUGGCAAAAUAUAAAUCCCUGUGUCUUGUUGCAAUACUUUCUGUUCAAUUUUAGUUUCUCUUCUGGGAAUUCACACAAGCACUGUUUAGGGUUAUCUGCCUUGAUAGCUUUGUGUAGUGAAUCUGUUCUCUUUUCCUGUUGUUGGAAAACCUUUUCUAGUACUGCACAGCUGUCAGCACAAUAGAGCCACAAGGAUUUUUUUAUUUAUUUUGGUGGGAGCAAUGUCUGUGACUUAUUUGGGUUUUUUUGUCAUUCCUCAGAGUCAUUCACCACUGACUCCUGUGCUGGGUGGAGCAGAGGAGCAAAUUGCACUUUGCUGCCAGGGACACAUCCAGGCAGGGAAAGGCCACUGAGAACGUUCUGUAGUGUGCAAUCCCUGUGAAGCAAACACCCAGCUCCUUGUCUUGUGCAAACUCAAUGUGAAAAUAACGGAGCUGCUUUUUUCCUGCUGGGAUUUCGAGCUGGCUCGUCAACCUUGAUGUCGUUCCUUACUCCAGCCUGCUGCAGAAAUGCAGGAUGGGAAGGGAAUGGGGAAAUGCAUCCCUUGCUUGACUGUGGGCUUAGCUGCACUCAUUGCUGAUGGAGAUCUCUUAUAGCAAGAGCUGAUGGGAGGAGAGGGAAGAUCCCUUUCCGCUUAUUCACGUUGUCCUUGGUAUCCCACUGCCAGCCGUGGUGCUGGGUUUGCUUUAGCAGAGAACAGAUUUCAGGGUGCUGCAUCCAGAGCUUGUGGUUAUCACCUGCAGCUCAACCUAGUUUGGUUUGAACCAGUAAGGAGAGGCUCUCAAUUACUUGGGUUUGCGUGGAACUUAAUUCCUUAAUGAUGGAUUUUUUGAUUGUUGGUUUGGUUUUGUUUUUUAAAGAUGAGGAGAUUGUAAGACUACUGCAGAAAAGGGUCUCUACUUGCCUUGUUUGAUAACCUUGCUGCAAUCAGGUUGUGUGACCAGGAGUGAAAAGGGAGCCUUGGAACAGCUUUAUUUCCCUGUGGGAGACCAGUCUUUCACUUUGACUGAUGUUCCCAUUGUAGCUCUGCUCCAGGGGCUCCUCUGCAAUCUCUGCUCGGAAGGAUCAGUCUCCUCCUUUGGCCACCAUUUCCUGCAGUUAAGGCUCUCUGGCCAGUGUUUUCUGCCUGGGGGAGCCAUGGAGUCGUAGGACUUGUGGAAGGAGCAGAGAUAACAAGCACCCAUCUGUUCUUCUCUUCCAUGCCUUCGGGAUGUCCGGGUGUCCCUGGUUAGAACUCCUCUCCGGAUGAGAUAGCAGAGGUGUCACUGUGGGGCAGUCAGGGCAGAAAACAAUAGCAGGUCGAGUCCAAAAAACAACAUUGACCAGUGAGUACAUCUCUGCUGUCAGUCAGGGGCAGAGCUGCUCUGGGGAGGUCAAGGCUGGAGCUGUACCCCACAUCCCCUCGGCUUCUUCCUCUGAUAAACUUCCAGGAGAGCGACCACACUUGCUCUUCUGGAACCUUGGAGUCGGGAGCUCCACUGGGAGGAAGGCUGCAAGAGCCACAGCGUGUGAGGGCUUUCAAGCCUCUGUUCCUUGAGCAGUGACUGCUCCUUGGCUGAGUGGGAUGUUCCAGUACUCGUUUUUCUGCAUCUGCUUUGUCAUCCAGCUCCAGCCAGUGUCUUCGAUGGCCCUGGACCCCUGCUCUGCCUACAUCAGCCUCAACGAGCCCUGGAGGAACACGGAUCACCACAUCAACGGCUCCCAGGGGCAGCCGACGUGCGACAGCCAGAUCGACGGGGAGUGGUACCGCUUCACGGGCAUGGCGGGCGACGCCAUGCCCACCUUCUGCAUCCCCGAGAACCACUGUGGCACCCACGCUCCCAUCUGGAUGAACGGCAGCCACCCGCGGGAGCAGGACGGCGUCGUCCAGCGCCAGGCCUGCGCCAGCUUCAACGGGAACUGCUGCCUCUGGAACACCACCAUCGACGUCAAGGCCUGCCCGGGCGGCUACUACGUGUACCACCUCUCCAAGCCCAGCGUGUGCUUCCACGCCUACUGCGGCCAUUUUUAUGACAUCUGUGAUGUGGUGGAUUGCCAGGGCCCCUGCCUGGACACCAGUGACUGCACCUGUUCCCCGGGGACAACACUAGGACCUGAUGGACAGACAUGCCUUGAUGAAAAUGAGUGUGAGCAGAACAACGGAGGCUGCAGUGAGUUCUGUGUGAACCUGAAGAACUCCUACCGCUGCGAGUGCGGGGUCGGGCGCACGCUGGGCAGCGACGGCAGAACCUGUGAAGAAAUCGAAGGCUGUCACAACAACAACGGAGGCUGCAGCCAUACCUGUAUUGAAGUGGAAGACACCUACCAGUGUGAAUGUCCAAGGGGACUUGUUCUAUCAGAAGACAACCACACUUGCCAAGUUCCAGUGCUGUGCAAGUCGAGUUCUAUCGAGGUGAACAUCCCAAAGGACCUGGUUGGAGGCCUGGACCUUUCCCUCAUCAACACUUCGUGCAAAGGCGUCUCCAACGGCACUCACGUCAACAUCCAUUUCUCCCUGAAGUCCUGUGGUACUGUUGUAGAUGUAAUAGAUGACAAGAUCAUUGCCACCAACCUGGUGACCGGCUUGCCGAAGCAGACCCCAGGCAGCAAUGGGGACAUCAUCGUGCGCACCAGCAAGCUGCUGAUCCCGGUGACCUGCGAGUUCCCGCGCCGCUACACCAUCUCCGAGGCCUACGUGCCCAACCUCAAGAACUCGCCCCUGGAAAUCAUGAGCCGCAACCAGGGCAUCUUCCCUUUCACCCUGGAGAUCUUCAAAGACAAAGACUUUGAUGAACCCUACAGGGGGGCUCCUCCCACCCUCAAGCUUCGGGACUCGCUGUACUUUGGGAUUGAGCCCUUGGUGCACGUCAGUGGACUAGAGACACUUGUAGAGAGCUGCUUCGCCACUCCCACCUCCAAAAUCGAUGAGAUCCUCAAGUACUACCUGAUUCAAGAUGGCUGCGUGUCCGAUGACUCCGUGAAGCAGUACACGUCAAAGGACCAUCUUGCCAAGCAUUUCCAGGUUCCUGUGUUCAAGUUCGUGGGCAAAGACAACAGGGAGGUGUUCCUGCACUGCCGCAUCCUGGUGUGCGGGGCCCUGGACGAGACGUCCCGCUGUGCCCAGGGCUGCCGGAGACGCGCCCGCAGGGCGGCCGAGGAGGAGGAGGAGAAGGGAUCUGUUCAUGUGGCAAACCACAUCCUGACAGGGGGCCCCAUCAGAAUCGACUUUGACGACUGACACCCACCCUCUGGAACAGCAUCUCCGCCUGAGAGCGGCCUUCCUUAUCAGUGCCUUCCUUAUCAGUGCCUUCUGCCAUGGCUGUUUGAGAAACAAGAGGUAUUUGGCAAAGCCCCACUUGCACCUCAGGACUCAUUUCCUGAACCCUGCGAUGAUUAUUUGUGAGUGUUUUGGACACCUGGACUGCAGAAUGGUUUGGUUUUACCUGCGUUUCUUCCCAGCAACCCUUUGGCUGAAGGGACCCUGUUGCUUUGCAGACCGGAAGCGUUUCCCAGCUUUCUCUUUCCCUACAUCCACCUACAGGCUCCAGGACUGUUCGUCCUUGGCUAAACAAAUGUUAUCCAAGGUCUUCUUGCAUCAGACAGUACAAAUAGUAUCGUAGCUGAACGUGUUUGCCGUGCAGUUCUGUGAGCGAUGCUGAAGCUUCUGGGUGACUGUUAAUAAAAACAAGUAUAAAAUAUUCUAUCUCAUCAUUUGUAAAUUCCCUGGAGUUGUACAAUUGUUGUUACAGGCAGCUAAAGCUCAGCUCUAUCACAGGCACAUUUAAAUGUUAUUUUAAAAAGUGAAAGGUAUUUAAUAAGAUUUGAUUUUUUAGUGUCUUUUGGUAAUUGCAUGCAGUUUAAUAGUGUUUCUGCCUAUAUUUAGUGUAUCAUUAUUUUUCUCCCUCUUCUCCCACCACCAAAAAUGCCUUUGCUAAGUGCUCUGGCACCUUGAUUGUAAGAGAAGCACCAUUAAACAUCUACAAACAC